AUGUCGAUUUUACGCGGAACCAAAAAACUUUUGCUUGCCGCGGGCCUGGCCGGUUGUGGAGCAGCUGCUGCCGUGAUUUUUACUGGUCUCCACAAGGAUACGGAAAGCUUCAAAGCUCACGCCUCAGCCUUGGCAGUCCCCUUCCAGGACUUCAAGUUCUCCAACUUUUACAGUAGCCCAAAUUCACCCAAGUGGGACUACAACUGGGACCGGCGAGACCCUAGCUCAAUUAUUCCUCCAUUAAAAGGCGAUUUCGGUGAUUUACCGGAGAGUGAUCAGAAUGCCUACAAGGAACGGCUGCAAAAGGCGAAAGCCUCUGCUACCAGACAUAUUAUUCUCAUUCGCCACGGCCAGUACAAGAUGGACGGCAUCACUGAUGAGCUUCGACAGCUGACCACACUGGGUCGAGAUCAGGCCAACCGUGUUGGAGAGCGCCUGAAGGAGCUUGAGUUACCGUACACGCGAAUCGUCAAGUCGACCAUGACUCGUGCCACCGAGACCGCCGAUAUCAUUCACAAACACUUGCCCAACAUACCAAUUUCUUCAUGUGAUUUCAUUCGUGAAGGUUCCCCCAUUGUGCCCGAGCCGCCAGUCAGCCAUUGGAGACCUGAACCAAAGUUCUUCCAAGACGGAGCUCGAAUUGAAAGUGCUUUUCGCAAAUACUUCCAUCGCGCGGACCCCGGACAAAAGGACGACAGCUACGAUGUGCUGGUUUGCCAUGGCAACGUGAUACGAUACUUUGUAUGUCGAGCCUUGCAGUUUCCGGCUGAAGGAUGGCUCCGCUUCUCACUCCACAACUGCAGUCUGACCUGGGUGGCCAUCAAGCCCAGCGGCAGAGUGGUCGUGUACACCGUCGGCGAUACAGGUCACCUGAAGCGAGCACAGAUGACUACCAGCUAG